AACAUGAGAUAGUGCGAAGCCUGAUAUAUCCGACAUAAUCCUUUUUGUUUCAUACCAGGGCGCCCCUUGGAUUCUUACCUCGAAUUAUCUCCUUACCUUUCGUGAAUUUUUCUCCUUCCGUCAUGGAAGCAACGCUUACCCACCGACCAUGGGAGCCGGCCUCCACGGGGCCGCAGACUCCUCCGGUCUCCUCAACGCAGACACUCCCGUCGAUAUCAACCCUUACUGCGAGCAUGACAAGCACAGCACCCCCGCCGGCAGAGAAGUCGCCCGGUAACACCUCUUUGAAUACGAUUGAGCGGGACUCGGGAAACUGGUCUAUUGCUCAAAGCGCAAGGUCUUCUACCUAUUCCACCGCCACGAAUGGCACCGGCAAUUACCCCUCUUUAUCCUUCCUCACCUCAACACAUCCGUCUCCAAACCGCAUAUCCGCCGUGUCCGACCGGUCUCCUUACCCUCACGAUCAUUCCACUACCAAUACGCCCUCUUCUGCUGGAGCACAACCAUCUCCUCAUUUUGGCUCAACGCAGCCCAAUCCAGCGCUUCCGUCGAUUAAUCAAAACUAUGAAGCUCCUUCACAACGGGGCAGCAUUGCCGAACCGCCGGAAUCGCGCCGCAGCAGCAUCGAUAGUCGAAUGAACCAGGGUAUAAGCUCACUUGCUAUCAAUACCACCGCUUCACCGUACCAUAGCACGAACGCCUCGCAAACGUCGAUCGUAUCGGGCCUACAGAGGGAGCGGGGAAUCUCCAUGGACGUGAAUAUGAACUCCGCCUACCGGGGACCACGUUACUCCGGGGGGCAGCCUUUGUCUCCACUUGGCCCACGACCUGGCGAGCAUCGCAGUUUUGCGGCUGGCCGCACUGCGCCCGCGAUCUCGUCGAAUCCUCGCUCUGAGAUUUAUAACGCCGAGGCUCCAACGGCUGGUCUUGCCUAUGCGUUUCCGGACCCGGAUGUCGCUCGGUCUAACUCGAUCUCGUCCACAAACGAAAAGCCGACUAUUCAGUUUUCUCGAAAGGGAAGCACUGCCGAAUCUAUAACCAGCAGUCUAUACUCCGAAUCACGUUUACCUCGUGGUCAACAUGAACUUCCCCAGAGUGUUCACCAUCAUUCCCUACAGCACAAACAGGUGCGCGGUCUUAUCGGAGAUCCCGAUUUUCAAAAUGGCAACACUCCGUACAGCAGAACGCCUGAAUUGCGAGUGACCCAUAAACUAGCGGAGCGCAAGCGUCGCAGUGAAAUGAAGGACUGUUUUGAGGCUUUACGGGUGCGACUCCCGCAGAGCCAAAACAACAAAUCCAGCAAAUGGGAGACCCUGACUCGAGCGAUCGAAUAUAUCUCCCAAUUGGAAAAGAUGCUCACCAGUGCCCGACGCGAUAACGAUGUGCUACGAUCUGAACUGGAAGAGAUGCGUAGCCAACUCAACCAGCAGCAAUCCAACGGACAAUCUCGACCGCCCUCCAUUUUCGAGCAUCAUCCAAUGGCCCCGCAGCCGAACGGGCAAACGCAUGGCCCGAUAUUCACCAACUACGCUCCCGGGUCUGGGAUGGUUCAGGAACAACCGCGAACGUUGCCUCCUCUCAUGAACGGAUCAGUUGCCCCAAUGCAGGGCGUACAAUAUACCGACGAACGGCGGUAAUCUUUAGAACCCGUCAGUCGGAAAUUGUGGUUCCACUCGUCUUAUGUCGGACC